UGUACCCAGGGGGUACACAUUUCGGAUAGAAUCUAAGACCUAUGUAGUUGGAAAAUGUGGUUGCCCUAAUGCAGAGAGAGAGUCGUGAAGCGCGACAAGGAUUCCACUUCGAGUGUGUGUGUGUGUGUGUGUCUGCGUUGGUUUUCCGGGAGCAUUCCGACCGUUUCAUCUCUGCAAGGGGGUGUGGAAUACUCUCGCAUGCAUUUGGUUGGAGGGAAGCUGGCCGAGUAAAAAGAGAUGGCAAAAACAGUAGGAAAACCUAGAGCGGCAUCACCAUCAGUUACCACUGGGUCAUCCUCUUAUACGGGUUCAUCAUCAGCAUCAGGUUCAAGAUCAAGGUCACCGUCGUCUUCUUCUUCUGGAAGCGAAGUCUCCGGAAGCCGGAGCCCUCCUGCAAAAACCAGUGGUGUUUCAGGUGCAAAAAAAAUCAGAUCAUCCUCCCCUCCACCCAAGAGAAUUUCCCCUGCCAAAAAAUUACGUACUCCGACACCUGAGUCUACUGUGUUACAUGUUGGUUGUCUUACUCGAAAUGUAAACGAGACACAUCUAAGAGAGAUAUUUGGAAAUUAUGGAGAAAUUGUGCAUGUGGAGCUGGCAAUGGAUCGCACUGUGAAUCUGCCGAAAGGGUACGGUUAUGUUGAGUUUAAAACAAGAGUCGAUGCUGAGAAGGCAUUGGCGCAUAUGGACGGGGGCCAAAUUGAUGGAAACAUAGUGAGUGCACAGUUUAUUUUGGUGCCGAGGAAAAAGGCCAGUCCUCCUUUGAAAAGAGGUGUUUCACCUCCUCCUAAGAGGGAGAUCAUGGGGCGAGACGGGCCUCCACGUGAUGGUUUGAAGGAUGGUUCACGGCGUCGUGAUUCUCCUCCACCCCGUAGAGGACGAUCGCCUUCUCCUCCCCCUCGAAGGCGUUCCGUGUCACCCCGAAGGAGAAUGGCUGACUCGCCACCCCGCAGACGGCCCGCUUUAGCAUCUCCUCGCCGACGCUCCCCAUCGCCCUUUCGCCGUCGUCGUCGUUCACCUAUUAGGUCUCCUCCUAGGAGAAUACGAGGUAGCCCUGUUGGACGACAGCGCUCACCACCACCACCGUACAGAAGGAGGUCUCCUCCACCCGGGAGGCGCUUAAGGUCACCACCACCCCGCAGAUCUCCACCAAGACGCCGUACCAGCAGGUCUCCACCUCCGCGCCGACCACUUCGUUCACGUUCAAGAUCUCGUUCACCUCCGAGAAGGGCACGAUCUCCUGUAGGCAAGCGUAGGAAGUCCACCUCUUACCCAUCUUCACCAAGCCCUGCAAAGAAGCGCACUUCCCCACCACGUGGCGCCAAGGAUUUUUCGAAAAGCCGAAGCCCAAAGAAGACCAUUGCAAAUAGCAGCCCCAGCGGUCGAAGUAGUAGCUCUCCAUCACCGUCUAAAAGCAGCCAGUAAGAUGGAGUGGAGUGGAAGUGUAUUAUUGAAGGGCUUUGGCAAAAUCAAUUCCCGCCAACAACUAAGUAUCCUGUCAUAAGACCAUGGCAUCCUUCCACAUCCUUGCAGGGGAAAGUCUUUUUCUCAACUUGCAACAUGCGCGAAUUGUAUGUGACGCAUGGAUAUGUGAUUGCAUCCUUUUUUGCUAUGCUUCAUUGCGUCAGACAUUUUGUUCACUAGCCUUUGUCUGUUCUGGGCGAUUUCUUGCCUUUUCAUCUGCUACUUUGUUUAUGUCUAGUUGUAAGUAGGAUUAGUUGUCCUUGCUUUUGCAGAUUAAUUAAGCUGCUAUGCGUAUGUUAUUGGAUUACCAAUCAGGUUUUGGGCAAGGACUGUUCGUAGAGAUCUUUAGUCAAGAGGGCAUCUUCACGCUUAGUUUUUGUUGCUUUUAUCCCGUUUUGGGACGUGGUGGCUGCCGUCUAUUAUUUGCUCAGGCGAGUCGUCAGACGCAGUUUGGCUGGCGACUGAUGUGUUCUUCAUCAAGAGCUGGGGCCUUUUUGGUAGUUAAGGUUGCGUUACUUCACCAACGAUUGUGUUCAGUGGAAUCUGGGACGUCUUUCAUUGAAAAGGAUUGGAGAUAUUUCACAUGGAGCAGCUGCUACUGUGGAAGGGCUUAAGUGUCUUGAGUGGAUGGGCGAGAAGACUUUGGGGAUGGGUUACAACUAUCGUGUGAACAUGUCAGAUGCUGGAUUACUCGCGACACUAGAUGAACUUUAUGCCAUCUUGAGUUUGUGCUACAGUACAGUUUUUUUAACACUGAGUCCUCACAUGUUCAAGGAUGUGACAGUUGUAUGUGUCCAGAUUAGUUCAAAUUACCAGACUCUACUGCGUUGGCAGUUCCAUUUUAAAGAAUUAUUGCCCGUGUAUAUGUGA